CUACGUGCAAGUAUAUAAACCCCACAAACCUUUUUGUUGUCCACUGGUACAUUCCAUCACUACCGUUCAAAAUUACUGACGUUUAGAGCUUACGAAAGAAAAUUAUUGAGUCACUUCUAGAGUCUAUCAUCAUGUCCACUAAUCACAAUCAUAUGGGCUACCAAGCCCGAAUCGACUUCGUUCAAAGUCUGCUGCGUGAGGAAUUAGGCGUCAACUCAGAUGCUGAAAUCACUCCCAUCCUAUACGACCCCGAGUUUCCGUUUAGAUACAAUAAUUUUGUCUAUCGUAUUACACUCUGUGAACCGACCAGCUCAGACCAGGGAAGGAAGUAUGGCGUAUCUCACCGUCCUGGCUGUGUAUCAAUUCCCGACGGCACCAAGAAUCUCAUAGUGCGCCUUGCAAAUCCCAAUGCUGAAGGAAUGCAUCAUGAGACCAGGAUUGAGAACGAAGUGGCCAUCAUCAGUCUCGCCGCCUCAGCGCUGAGGGACUUCCAGCCACAUGUGGUUCCGUCUAUAUAUGCCUGGGGCAGUGCGGCAGCCAAGUCUUCCUUUGGUUGGACCAUCCAGGAACUGAUGCCUGGUACCUCUCUGGAUGAAUUAUUCCCAUCAAUGGAACUUCCGCAGAAGAGGGAAGUGUUUGCACAGAUGGCUAGACUGCUCAAAGGCUUGCAGGACUACCAACUUCCCGAAACUAUUACCGCAUUUGGAGGUGUGACCUUUGACAAGGAUGGCAAAAUCGUAAGCGCGGUCAUGCCUACUGUUGGCAAAGGACCAUGGCCAUCGUAUGAGGCUUCUUUUAGGGGUCGAAUAGAAGAGGAAUUCCGGGAAGUGGACGAAAAUCCUCACGUUCAAGGAUGGCGCGGUGAAGGUAUCAGAGACAGGUUGGAUGCAUUUGUUGAGCGUGGACUCUCAGCUCAAUUCGAAUCACUGGAGACAAAGCAGGACAAGUCAAUUGUACAUGCCGACUUCAACCCCAGUAACCUUCUCAUCGACCCUUCGACCCUUCGUAUUACUGGAUUGAUUGAUUACGACUUCUCUAGUAUCUUGCACCCUUCUUACGAGUACCUACGGUCUUUUCUUGGUGCCGGCGGCCAAUUUCGAGGCUGGUGUGGUGAAGAAGGAGGUGAGCAAGCGGCACUGACCGAAGCUAGGCUGCACGGGUUUCCCUCACCUCUCCCACAAUCUACUGAGAAUGGAGUAGACUGGGAAGCUGCGAGAGUCUUAGAUGAGGAGCUAGAGAAGCUGGACGUCAGGAGGCCUAAGACGAUCAAGGGAAUCGAAAAGGUGGCAGAUGUUGACACUAUACUACGUACUAUCGUGCCAUGGCGUCUCAGUAAUCCUGACAUCUUGCAACGACAGUCAGAAGAAGUGAUCAAGAAAUGCAGGCGCGAGAAUGAGGAGCAACUGAAGAGGUUGCUUGAUUAUCUAGGAUUCUAGGAAUGCUACGUCGCUACAUGUAUGUGUAGCGUCCUCAAUCAUCUAAAAUGGAAUGAAUGACAAAGCCUGUUAUUAAGACUGGUAUGUAAACAGCAAUUAUCUAAGUUAAGGAUAGAUAGAGUCAUCCUCAAGGUUUAUACUAUUUUUCGCAUUAUAGCUAUCUUCUUGAUAAGUAUAUCUGUCACGGGGCAUAUAAUGAUUAGACUUG